AUGGAGCCUUACAAGACGCAGCAAGAUUUGAUGGCCAAAAAGGCCAAGGAAAUGGGAAUUCCGAUAUCUGAAAUCACAACACAAUUUCAGCAGAAAUUGAGCCAAGUGUAUGAGGAGUACUCAGAUUGUGCGGAAGUCUGGGCAUUAGGCAAAGCCGAAUAUUUAGUUUGGAAUCAAUUCUUCCCAAAUGAUCCAUGGCCAGGCGCUUCCCCCAUACAUUUUUCCCUCAGUAGUGAAACACUUGGCUCAGAGUCCGGCGAGAUUAUAGAAUCGCCGGAUGAGGACCCAUCGAGCUUACCGCUCAGACGGAAGCCUGUCUUUUCACUCAAAAUCGAAGAGGUAUUGUCUAAAGCAGCUGGCAAUUCAACUAUAUUAGAGGUAUACAGAAAGGUGUUGGAUAAUAUGAAGGAUAGAUACCCACGCGAAAGCGUGGAGUGGCAGCAGUGGAUGUCGGGAAGCAAGGUUUGGCUGUCAAAUUUUCGCCAGAAUGGCACUUUUCCCUGCAAUGAGCCACCUAGGUCAUAUGCUUUCCUCUCCUCGGACGAACAACUUUACAACGGUCUGCCUCGCCGUUAUGGCGAGGACAAUACCAGGACUGGGCAAUUUGGCGGCAGUCGGCGGGCAGAAGACGAUGCAACUCGGUGUAGAUCUAGAUCGCCUCCCACUGGUCCCGGGGUCGGAUUGCAUCAUAGAAUUGCGUCCGUCGAAACUACAAGACAGGGAAGGACACUCAAACUUGGAGAAUCAUCAAGACAGGGUGGAACAAUGAGGCUUGGGGAAUUGAUAAAAUACGGCGAAACAAUUGACAGAUAUCGAAGUGAGCAUCGGGUUCGUUCAGUAGAGCGAGCCGGAGGAAACUCCAAACCAACCCCCUCGCCAGCGAAGGUCACAAGCAGCAGCAUCGCAGAGAGACGUUCAUCAUUGGCAAUUCCUUUACAAAACAAGAGCGCCAUCAAUUCCAGCCCUCAGGUGUCAACCUACGGGACCAAAGAGAAGGAGAUGGAAAAGAAGGCAUUUAAGAUGGGUGGUGAAGAUUUCAGGCAUGAGUUUUUCCGUGCUUUGCAAAAUAGUAGAGAUAUGGUGAGGAUUUGUCAUCCUGAUCACGACCGUUCCUUCAGACAUUGGCUCGCUGAUCGAAUGACCUGGGAGAAAGUUUUUAAAAAUGUGCCAUUUCCCUGGUUAGAUAACAAACCACCAGGAAUCUCUUUAUCAAACGACAGACCACCAGGAAUCCCUUUAUUAAAUGACAGACCACCAGGAAAGCGCACUGGCAAUGUCUCGAUGGCGCCCCCACCAUCUUCAGAAGUUGCGAGGAAAUUUGACACCAAGACUACAGUGCCGGCUGGAAGUACCUCCUUGGUUCUUUUACGACAGGAUAAUUACAGCCAAGCACAUAGUAUGUCACGCAACAACUUGAAUCAGUCUACUACCAAAAACGUGCUGCAAAAGACCUAUUCAAAGGGCCACUCUAGAGCUUCUUCUCAAAGCAAGAACUCAUUUAAUCGACCAGCAAUAUCGGGCGGUGCUACCCACUUAGGAUUCAGUAUUGACAGACCAAAGAACUUUCCAACGGCGCUACCUAACAAAGGGGUGAUGAAGACUGUCGGUGAAAAAGACUCGGAGAAGAAUAGAGCGGAUCCGGGCGAAGGCAUCAGAGAAGUGACUAUUAGAAAGAACAACAUCUUCCGUGCCAUUCUAGGAGACUGGGGCAGUUCAUUGAAGUCGAUUCAGAGAGCUCUUGGGGUCAUCGUUAUAGAAUUGACGGUCCUAGAUAACGAUGAUAUCUCUGAGCACCUCAAGUUCACCAUUGAGCCAUAUCAACGCGGAGACAACGCAGCAGUCGAGAAAGCAUACAAAUUUCUUGAUAUUUGGAAGAGACUGAUAUACUCUGAUCAAUUAAUUAGACUUGAUCAGUUUUGGGCCCAGUAUACCAAUCAUGACCAAAGGACCAUUGUUAAUUGCCAACCCAUGAUACACGUCAACGGUAAGAAAAUCCUUUGCCCAGGACAAUUCGGUUAUCUCUGCGAGUUCUUCUCGCAUGAGAUUCAGACCUACCAAUCCGCCAUGGCUAAAUUCACCGACACUGAAUAUGCACUUGCCUGUAGUACUCUUUUCGAGGCUAGGCCGUACAACAUCUACCUCAGCAGUUAUCCACUUCCUACAAUACUUGAAGUUGAUACCAAGACAAGAAACAAUACUCUAGAUGCGAAUGAUGUCUUCCUGGAAGAGUGGGUUCGAAGCUCGAUCAAAAACCCAAUAAGCUUGUCCGACAUGAUUAACGAAUAUGGAAGAAGACGGCUUCAAAAGCAUAAGGGCCUGGACCUAGACCUGGAUGAAUUAUUGAAGGAAGGGGCAGCCAAAGCCAGUCAAAAGAGGAAGUCGAAUGCGAAAGAAGAAGGUGAAACUGAUGGAAGGAUGGAGAAGAAGCCAUGUUUUCGACUAUUUCGUCAAAUCCUAGGACGCACAGCUCCGCUAGUAUGCUUCUUAAGCCAUGUUCACAGUGAUCAUCUCAAUGGACUUGAUAACGAUCGUGUUAAAUUGCCGUUCAUUUACUGUUCGGCUGCUACCAAAGAGAUCCUGGUGAGACUUGAAAAGAGGAGAGAUCGGUUGAAUUUGGCAAAGGGCAUUUUGGAGAAGGAGAAGAGAACUUAUAAACAUUUGAAGAAUGUUUUGAAACCGAUACCGUUGGAGACUCCAACGUUGAUUGAGUUGGCGCCAAGAAAUGAGGUUAGGGUUACGUUGUUUGAUGCUAACCACUGUACCGGAGCAGUGAUGUUCUUAUUCGAGCGCGAGAACACUGCAAUCUUGUAUACCGGGGAUAUUCGAUCGGAGCCAUGGUUCGUCAACAGUUUGACACGAAACCCGUUCUUGAUCGAGUAUACCAGCGGAAUGAAGACUUUAGACUGCAUAUAUCUCGAUACAAGCAAUACUGGACCAAUCACGUUCCCGACAAAGGCUGAAGGCCUGAAGGAAUUGAUUGGCAAAGUCAGAAAAUACCCGCCAAAGACCAAGUUCCAUUUCUCUGCUUGGACAUUUGGAUAUGAAGAUGUUUGGUUGGCAUUAUCACGAACACUUGACUCACAAAUUCAUGUGGAUAAAUACAAGAUCAAUCUUUAUCGUUCAUUGCGUCACGAAGGUUCUGAUGCCAGAGAACAUUUUUUGGCACCAGAAGGCCCUGUCUUAGCAGGUUGUGUUGUGGGCAAUGGUCCAAGAGAGGGAUGUCUUACCACAGACAAAAGUGUACGAAUUCACAGCUGUGAGAAAGAAAUGGGAUGCUCCGUUUAUGAUGAAGAGGAUGUUGUGCUGAUUCGGCCCAUCAUUACCCGUCUACCAUCUAGAAUCGAGGUGGCAGAAGUUGGUAUUGGAGGUGGUUGGGGUGAUCUUGUAAUCCAUGAACUCGCUUUGGGUCCCGACGAUAUUAAGGAGUUGUUAGAGACAGUCUUUGCGGAGACAGACGAACCCAUCGUGGAAGAUAUUCGGCGUAUGCUUCUCGCCGAACUAAAAACUACCACAGACGCUAUAUCACUAGAUAGCAUACCAAGUGGCGGUGAUCAAAUCUCUUUGAUAGAUGUGGGCGAAUCUCUUUUGCGGAAGUUGGCCCAGAAGUCCAGUGAAGCGUCCGAUGAAAGACGAGACUGUACUUCUGGAAAUCAUGGUCUCCCUAGACUAAUCACCUUUCCAUACUCACGCCACUCCUAUCCUGAGCUUCGUCAUCUUGUUGAAACAUUCCAGCCGAAAGAUGUGUAUCCAUGCACGGUGGAUGAAGAGGAAUGGCAUGAAGGCCUAAGUAUAAAAGCUCUUUUUGGCGAUUCUUGCUCUGCUUCCACAUUUCGACAUGAUGACGAAAUGCGACACUUGGUGGCUACUCGUGCUGCCGAAGUUGCAAUGUUAAGUCAGCAAACGCAAACAACUAUCGUGUCCCGGUCUUCUCCAAUUCCGAGUAGCUCCCUGGAGGACACAAUCUUAAGAUCAGCCAGAUGGUCAGAAGAAAGAGGUCCUUCCACACCAACUCCGGCCCAGAACACUAUAGCUGGCGCUAGUCGAAAUCCAGUGUUUGUCUGGUCAGAAGAAAUAGUCUAUUCUCCACCAGCUCCGUCAUCACAGAAAAGUCUGGCGGGCACCAGUCAAACACCUGAUACAGCCGCUACAAACACAGGCUCGAGCUCAGGCAGUCAGAACUCUAGACGAAGAAUAGCUACAGAGAUGAUUAGUCCACCAGCAGUGAAGCGUGUUCGACUUAGCGAUGACUUCCAGAUGGAUGACACAGCGUCACCAAAAUCGUUCACUCCUUCGACUGAUGCUGCAGGCUCGAAGCAACAAAGCCUGGAGCCCGUCAAAGAGCCUGGCAAAGGCGAUAAUGACUUAAUAUUACCACUCACAACAAUGAUGGAGCAACUCGGAAAUAUCACUGCACUCUGUGACCAAGCAAUCAUAGCUUUAAUGGCACUCAAUAUUGGUGAUAUAGGUAUUGAAACAUACCUCGCCCGGCAGUCCCCAGUUCUAGACUCCAUUCGUGAACGAAUUGAUCUGCUCGUAUCACCACCAAUGUUGUAUUGGCUACACACGACUUUACGAAGAUUUUCUCAAGAUGCUCUCAACAUCUUAUUGGACUUCAUAAAUAUUCAGGAUAUGGAGUCAGCCGCGGAAGUAGACGUGUAUUUAUAUUUCAAUCAGCAGCUGCCACCACUGCAAUCUCUUGCUAGAGAGUUCAAACAAGCCACAUCAUAUGCACAAAAGUCUGAUAUCAGUCAACAUCGGCCAUGGAACCCUGCCAGAAGUUUACAUAGCAUGUCUGAACUCUUUCAACCAGGAGCGAAUUACGACACGGACACAGUCAAUAAUCAAGAUUGCCUCACGCUUGUCAACGAUAACGAGCGCGCAGCAAACGACGGCAGUGGCGAUCCUAGCGACAAUUACCAGUCUUCUUUAGUCGCAGUUGGAGAGAAUAACUAUGGUAAUCACAUUGAGUUUGACAACCAACCCUUUCACGAUCCAAUAGACAACAUCCUUCGAUGCGCCGAUUGUGGUCACGAGAUAUGGGAAGAUAAUCAAAACAAGUUCGAUUUCAUGCCCGGUUUCUGCACUGGGUGUGGAAAAGGGGCACAUCUAUUCUACAAGGAGAGUGACUUUGCAGGAGCUUUUCCUCAUAUUUAUGAUGAUGAUGAAGUUUCAAGCGAGGUUAGCCCCGAAGAUGCCCGCGUUUUGAUCGGGGAGAACCAUCUCGACUACCAGUCUUCUGCUUACGAUACUCAAGAUGAGAAUUCCGAGCUUGUUCUUAAUGAAGAUUAUGAAGUUAAUAGUUUUGUUGAAAAGGAUGAGUCGCUCGGGGAUUCUGACUCGGAUGACGAUACCGAUAACGAUAUCAAUGGUAGCGAGAUAAAUUACGAAGUUGCGUUUGAGGAUCUUCAGAGAGAAUAUGCGGAGCUUCGUGCGGAAUACUUUGGUCUUGUGGAUGAGUAUUCGCAGUUUAAGUACGAUAUGCUCGGUACGACUGAGGAGGAAGAUGAUGAUGAUGGUGAUGAUCAGGGUGAGAAUGAAGAGGGUAUUCGGAUUGAUGGGGAAGGUGCACAUGUGGUGGAUGUGGUGAGUGCGCAAGGGGAUCAUGCUGUUACGGAUGUGGUCGUUUCAUCGUUUAGGGGUGGUGGGGAGACGGAAAAUGAGAAGGAGAUCGAGAAGGAAAAAGAAAAUGAUGGGGAUUUGAGAUUAGGUGAGGAUGUGGGAGAGAAGAAAGACGAAGGAAAGGAAAAUGAUGUGGCUAUGGAUAGGGAGGAGUCUGAGAUUGAGAUUGAGCGUGGAGGUUCUGAUGAAGAUACUCUGUCUAAUCAGAUGACCAAAGGUCUCAUGGUUGAUAGUGAUGAUGAAAGACCCACUGUCACUAACCGGAAGGCGAGAGGAGAGAGUAUGGAGUUGUGA